ACUAGUCGCAUCAAAUACCAUAUAUAUACAGCAGUGACGUGUCCGUGAACGCCUGUAGAAUUAAUUUGGAUUUUUUGGAUGUAAGUAAAAUAUACACAAUAAAUAGAUAUAUCAUAUUAUAGGCGUUGCUUUUAACUACUCUUUUAGUAACUAUUGUCAUAAUGUUUUUUUUAUCACAAGCUUUAUUAUCUUAUAUCCUCUUUCCCCUUCAGUAUCAUUUUACAACAUUUUUGGACUACAAGGAAAUGGCAGAAAACUGGAUACUAGUAACAGGCGGAUCUGGUUACGUAGGGAGUCAUACUAUUGUUGAACUGUACAAGGCUGGGUAUAAGGCCGUUGUUAUUGAUAACCUAGUAAAUUCAGAAACAGAAAGUAUAAAGCGUGUUAGGAAAUUGGUUGGGCAUGAUUUUCCAUUCUAUUCCGUCGAUUUAUUAGAUGUUGAAUCACUAGUAGAAGUCUUUAAAAAGCAUAAAUUCCAAUGUGUAAUUCAUAUUGCCGGAUUAAAAGCUGUUGGCGAAUCCGUUCAAAAGCCCCUUGAAUAUUACAAAAAUAAUGUGGGAGGAACUAUAAACCUAUUGGAAGUUAUGAAGCAAUUUAAUCUUUAUUCUAUGAUUUUCUCAAGUUCAGCAACUGUUUAUGGUUUUCCUCAAUACUUGCCAAUAGAUGAAAAACAUCCAGCUGGUAGUUGUACCAACCCAUAUGGAAAAACAAAGUGGUUUAUUGAAAAUAUUCUUCAGGAUUUAUGCCAUUCCAGUGAUAUAUGGAAAGUAAUAAUUCUACGAUAUUUCAAUCCAAUCGGCGCUCAUGAAUCUGGAACCAUUGGAGAAGAUCCCAGCGGAAUUCCUAACAAUCUUAUGCCGUAUAUUGCUCAGGUUGGAGUUGGUAAAAAUCCUUGCUUGAGUGUUUUUGGACAGGAUUAUGAUACACCUGAUGGUACAGGAGUACGAGACUAUUUACAUAUUAUAGACUUAGCCGAUGGUCAUGUUAAGGCCCUAAAAGCUUUAAAAAAUGAAUGUCAAACUUUUAACUUGGGAACUGGCCAAGGCUAUAGCGUCCUGCAAAUGAUUAAAGCGUUCGAAAAAGCCAGUGGAAAGACUGUAAAUUAUAAGAUAUGUAGUAGAAGGUACGGUGAUGUAGAUACAAUGUAUGCCGAUGCUUCUUUAGCCAAGAAAGUUUUGGGCUGGGAAGCCAAAAGAGGUUUACCCGAAAUGUGUGAAGACUUAUGGAGAUGGCAAGUUAACAAUCCUCAAGGCUAUCGUACUGAACAGAAGAUGUAA